AUGAAUUCUUGCUGUAGUUCUGCGACAAGUUGUAGGGAAUCCAUACGGUUUAGCGAUACCGUACUUCAAAGGAAUGCAAAAGUAAUGAGAGAUCUCAGAAACCGUUUGAAUAACUGCCGGAAUAGAUGCUUGGAGAAAAAAUGCGUUAGAGUAAAUUGCAGUAUAUGUUCCAAAAAUGACCAGAGUUGUAGCGGUAACUCAGAAUACCAUUCCAUACGCCAAGGCAGUGACAAAGAGACGUGCUACGUCAGUCUAUUCCAAGUGUGUAUGAACUAUCUGUUUCCAAGAGAGUUUCCCAUGCCGUCCACCAUCUACCGGUUCAAGGUCAAGUGUGAUCAGUCGGUGUCGGACCCGAAAAAAAGGAUCAUCGGGAAACUCUUAUCACCAGUGGGACGGUGUUCGAAAUCCCCGAAAGGAAUCUUCGUGCAAUCCCCAUCGGAGAACCUCGUGACGAAAAUAUAUUGUCCAGGAGCCGAAGAUAAGUUUUUAUGUCGAAACAAUAAAUAA